AUGCUGGUUCAGCAAGUAUUGGUAGUGUGGAUUCUGACUGCCAAUCUACUGAUCGGAGUUGAUCCUCAGGGAUUCAUCUACAAUGGCUUCCAAUCAGCCAAAACCCUGAGUUUAGAUGGCAUUGCAGAGUUCACCAACAAUGGCCUGUUGAUGUUAACCAACAGCAGUUACGAUACUCCUGUACAAACAGGACAUGCUUUCUAUCAACAUCCCAUCAAUUUCAACAACUCAUCCUCCUUUUCCACCACGUUCGUGUUCGCCAUAAGAUCAGAAAUCAAGACUAAAAGUGCUCAGGGAUUGGCUUUUGUGAUCGCACCCACUAAAGACCUCCCCGGAGGCCGGUCGUAUCGGUUUCUCGGCCUUUUUAACGAAUCCAACGACGGAAAUUCCAGCAACCGUAUUUUCGGGGUGGAGUUCGAUACGUUUCAGAAUUCAAAUGCAAAUGAUAUCGAUGACAACCACGUUGGAAUCGAUAUUGACAGCAUCAAUUCGGUGCAACAAGCACCAGCCGGCUACUACAGUGAUGAUGAUGAUGGGGAAAUGUUUGAUAACAUAACUCUUAUGAGCGGCGAUCCAAUACAAGCUUGGGUGGAUUAUGAUGGCAUCGAGAAACAAAUCAUGGUUACUCUGGCUCCGGUUUCAAAAUCUUCAGCCCCUAAAAGACCAUCCGUUCCCCUCGUCAACUUGACGUAUGACCUUUCACCGGUUUUACAGCAAGCCAUGUACGUUGGAUUUUCAUCAUCCACUUCUGCUUUUGUAGUGAAUCAUUAUAUACUUGGAUGGAGCUUUCAGGCGGGUAAUUCUCCUCGACAACUUGAGCUUGACAUUUCUCGGCUUCCUAAACUUCCUAUACUUGUGAGUCCUAAGAAGAAGGUACCAAUCUUUCUACUUACUGGGGUGCCCCUGAUUUGCAUAUUCUCCGUAUUAUUAGCAGUUUUAAGCGUAAUUUAUUACAUCCGAAGGAAAAGGAAGUUUGCAGAAGUGCUUGAAGAUUGGGAAGUUGCAUACGGGCCUCACCGUUUCAACACGGCUUUUGGACGGGCUACAAGUUUUGCAGAUGUUUCACUGUCUGCAUACACAGACUCGUUUCAAUCUGGAUCUUACUAUCAGAAUUCCCUUGAAGCAGGCUCACUUCUCUCUGGAGGCCGUUGA